GUCUCCUGCCUCUGGGCACAGCCUCGCAUUUGGGAGCGGGCCAGGUCCCCUUUGCGCCCGCGGUGGGUCGGGGCCUUCAGUCGGGCUUGUCCUUCCCCUGGACUGCCGCGUCCAGCCCCAGAUUCUCCAGCCGCGCCUGUCCUUCUCAGCCAAAGACCUGGGCCAAGGCGGCCGCGCCGUCUGCCCGCAGCCCUGGUGCCCGUCGGAGGCGGAGGCGGCCUCUCCGCCUUCCUGGGCGCAUCCAGCUGUCCUGCUCCGUCCGCAUCCCCGAGGGGGCCGCGGGGACAGGGCGGGAGGGGCUGUUUGGGAAGGAGGAGCCUGGAGGCAGCCCCGCCCCUCGAAGGUUGAAAACCCCUCCAGGAAUGGAGCUGCUGUUGCAUCCCCACGUGCUCCGCAGUAGGAAAGAGGAGCCGGGCAGAGGCAGAUGCCCUGAGCGUGCCCCGCGACCCGGGACUCUCCGGGGGAGGCGCAGAUGAGAGCGGCCGCUUCUCCGGGUCCGACAUGCAGCUCCGCACCUCGGCCGGACUUCUGCUGUGCCUGGGUUGGCUGUGCCUGUCGCCCGGCGCCCCCUCGCCCUGCCUGGAAGAGUGCCGCUGCUACCUGAGCGCGCUGCUCUGCCAGGAGCCGCGCGACAUCCACUCGCUGGCGCAGCUGCGCAGCCUGGAGAACUUCACCGAAAUAGUUGUCGAAAACCAGGCUGGGCUGAUCAACCUGACUGGGGACGACCUGAAAAAUCCCCGGGAGCUGAAGAAUCUGACGAUUGCGAGGACCAGCCUGAAGUUCAUCGCUCCAGAUGCCUUCAAGGCCAGCCCAAAUCUGACCCACGUGAAUCUGGCCUUCAACCAGCUGGAGUUCCUCUCCUGGAGGACCUUCCACCACCUCCGCCUUCAGGAGCUGGUCCUUGUGGGAAACCCCCUCCGGUGUGUUUGUGGGCUGCUGUGGCUGCAAUCGUGGCAGCAGAAGAGGCAGCUGGACUGGGCGGGCAACCAGUCCCUCCAGUGCCUGCAGGAGGACAGGACCCUGGUUCCCGUCUUCAACCUCACCCUCUCCGGCUGUGAUUUCCCCAAGGUCAGGAUCGACUAUGACCCCACCCCGAUGGGGGAAGGCGGGAGUGUCAACCUGACGUGUCACAUCGCAGGAGAGCCGCAGCCGGUGGCGGAUUGGGAUUUGCCCAAGGUGGGGGGUGAACACCCCCUCCAAACCAAGAAGUCGGAGUCGGAAAUCGUGCUGCAGAUCACCAACGUCUCUGCCAGCUACAACCUGCAAAACAUCACCUGCCAAGCAGAGAACGAGGCGGGCAUGGGGCAGGCUGUCGCCCGGCUGAAUGUGACCUUCCCAGCCAUGAUCCGCGCGAUGGGCCAGGCCGUCAUGUACUACCGCUGGUGCAUCCCCUUCUCCGUGGACGGCAACCCCACGCCCAGCAUCCGGUGGCAGCUGGACCACAGGGACCUCCUGGAGACGCAAAUCAUCCACACCAAGCUCUUCCCGGAAGACGCCCCGACUUCCACCAUCGUCCACGGCUGCCUGAUCCUGGACAAGCCCUCGCACUUCUUCAAUGGCAACUACACCCUGCUGGUGGCCAACGCCCUGGGCUCGGCCUCCUGCACCACCUACCAGCACUUCAUGGCGCUCCCGGACGAAGGCUUCAACGAGGAGGAACCCUUUCACGGAGCGGAGGAUGCAAAUGGCACCCAGGGGACAGCCGUGGAGACCUCAGAGGAGCAGCCGAUUGGGAUCUCCGUGGCCGUGGUCCUGGCUGUUUGUGCCUGCGUCUUCCUGUCCAUCAUGCUGGUCAUCCUAAACAAGUGUGGACAGCGCUCCAAAUUCAGCAUCAAGCGGUCCGUGGUGUUGGCUCAAGAGGACAACCUGGCCCUGGCCCUGCAGUUCAUGGACGGGGGGAGCAGCAGCCCCCGCUCCUCCGUCGAGGCCAAGCUGGAGGGGCUGAAGAGCAGCUUCGUGGAGAACCCCCAGUACUUCUGCAACACCACUGUCCGGCACCUCAAGCGCAGGGAGAUUGUGCUGAAGUGGGAGCUGGGCGAGGGGGCUUUCGGGAAGGUCUUCCUGGCCGAGUGCCACAACCUCAGCCUCACCCAGGAGAAGAUGCUGGUGGCCGUGAAGACCCUGAAAGAAGCCACAGAGAGUGCCCGGCUGGACUUCCAGCGGGAGGCCGAGCUGCUGACCGUCCUGCAGCACGAGCACAUCGUCAAGUUCUACGGGGUCUGCACCGACGGGGAGCCCCUCAUCAUGCUCUUCGAGUACAUGAAGCACGGGGACCUCAACCGCUUCCUCCGGUCACACGGGCCUGAUGCCAAGAUGCUGGACAGCGGGAACGGCCCGUCCUUUGGCCAGCUGACCCUGAGCGAAAUGCUGCAGAUUGCCACGCAGAUCGCCUCCGGCAUGGUCUACCUGGCCUCCCAGCACUUCGUCCACCGGGACCUGGCUACCCGCAACUGCCUGGUGGGACACGGCCUGGUGGUGAAAAUCGGGGACUUUGGCAUGUCACGGGACGUUUACAGCACCGACUAUUACCGGGUGGGGGGCCGUACCAUGCUCCCCAUCCGCUGGAUGCCCCCCGAGAGCAUUCUCUACCGCAAGUUCACCACCGAGAGCGACAUCUGGAGUUUUGGCGUGGUCCUGUGGGAGAUCUUCACCUAUGGGAAGCAGCCCUGGUACCAGCUCUCCAACACCGAGGCCAUCGAGUGCAUCACGCAGGGCCGGGAGCUGGAGAGGCCGCGCACUUGCCCCUCCGAGGUCUACGACAUCAUGCAGAGCUGCUGGCAACGGGAGCCGCAGCAGCGGCAGAGCAUGAAGCGCCUCCACAGCCGCUUGCAGGCGAUGGCCAAGGCCCCCCCAGUGUACCUGGCUAUUCUCAGCUAAGGGGCAGGCGGGGGCAGGCGGGGAGCCCCCCCCCCUCAACCUUCUCCAUCUGCUCAUCCAUCCAUCCAUCCAUCCAACCGAGAAACUCAACCCAGGCAGGACCCGUUGCCUGAACUCCGCCUGCCAUGGAAAACGCUUCUUCCCUCUCGGGAAAGCCAGCCCGUUUCUCUGCCUGCUGUGGGCAGGACUGGGAAGGCUUCCCCACCUCCUGCGUGUGUGUCAAGGCUAGGGUAGGGAAAGAGACCCCGACCCCCCCCCCCGAUGGAAGCCCCACCCGAUGGCCUGAAUUCGCUGGAGCUGGUCCUGCCCGGCAGAGCCUGGAGGGGAGGGGGGGAGGGAGGGGGGGAUGCCACUCAGCCUCUCCAGGGUGACGUCAACCGGUGUCUCUGUCCUCCCUGAGUGACUCUCUCCAGACGCCUCCGGUGGUGCGGGGGGGGGGGGGGGGGGCGGGGGGGGGCAGCAGGAGAAAAGCUGCUCCUCCUUCCAUCUUCUUAUUUAUUGUCCUGAGCUGGAGAUCCUUCCUUGUCAUAAUUACAUUUUUCCUGGCAAUGGGGGGGUGGGGUGGUGGAUCUGGAGGAAUCAGACAAACCCUGGUGCAAAAAGCAACCUGAGAUUUAGAACGGUCUGGCAAAGGGCGACGGACCCCCCCCCCCCCCCCCGUUGAUUAAGACCCCCAGAAGCCCCGUCAUCCCCAGUGAGUCUCAGUCUAAACCGAAGCUACGCUGCUGCUUUGAAUAUGGCAUUCAAAAUAACCUGCUUCCCCCCCCCCCCCGCCAGGUGGGCUGAAGCCAUAAUCAGCGGGCGGCUUGUUGGGCAAGGAGCCCCCCUGCCAAGGCGAGAGCCCUCUGGCCACCCAGCCUGCCUUUGCUCCCCUGCCCUGCCGGCUUUUCACACUUGAUUGUGAAGCUUUUCACACUUUCUCAGAGGACAAGCGGGAUCUAGUAGAGGCUCUUUGGGAAAGUGCCUUUCAAAAGAUUAGCGUGCAGGACAAUCGGUCACCUUCCCCUUCCUCAGAACACCCCCCUCCCCAAACAUGGGCUCUUCCCUGUGCCCCACUCUUAAGGGGGGGCAGAAAUGCCGUUUUCAAGGCAGAGGGGAUUAAGGAGUGACAUUUAAUUGGAUUGCAGACCCCGCCCCGAUAGAGGGAUUAGGCUCUGCCGGAGGGGCUCCUCCAUCCUUCUGCCCCCACCUUUCUAAGCACUGACUAUAUUGGCUGGGGGGUUGUGGACUGGCCAGACCCUACUUGUCUCCCCAAUGGAGGUUUGGGGGGUGGGCGUGCCAUGCCCAGGCUGAGCUCUUGGUGUUCAAGAUGUGUGUAUGAAUUGGAAGAACAUGCUGGAGAGAACCUGGGCUGAAUAAUGAAAUAAAAUCUCUCAGAUUCAUUCAUAUCUUU